AUGUGGAUGUUUUCUUGCCUUUGCACCAUUUUAAUUCUUUUGGCUGUUGCUGGUCUGAACACAAUAGCCAAGACCACGCCUUACACCAAAUUUACGAAGAAAUCUGAGGGAAAAGAGAUUCCAAAGGGCCUGAAGCCGUCCAGUGGUUCGCCUCGGGAGGAAGAGGAGACCCCCUUCACAGAAAGGCCCGGAAUGGCAGAACCAACCACCCAGCUGUCGGCCCUGGAUUCUGCCUUUGGUACUGCCACUCUUUUUCCCCUUGAAAAUGUCACUCUUGACCCGGCUGACUUCUUUUUUAAUUGCUGUGACUGCUGCUCAUCAGUCCCAGGGCAGAAAGGAGAACCUGGAGAGACCGGAAAGCCAGGUUCUAAAGGAGAGACUGGUGGUAUGGGGAUCCCAGGGUCACCAGGAGUUGUUGGUCCCCAAGGCCCAAAAGGCCACAAAGGAGAGAAAGGAGUUAAAGGAGAACGUGGGGACCAAGGACCCAGUGGAGUUCCAGGAUAUCCAGGGAAACCUGGAGAACAAGGUGGACUUGGCCCUAAGGGGGAUACAGGAAACACGGGCCCGGCAGGCGUGAAAGGACAAAAAGGCUCCAAGGGGGACACGUGUGGGAACGGCACCAAAGGCGAGAAGGGAGACCCAGGGGCCGUGGGCUCCCCAGGCUUGAGCGGAGGGCCUGGGGCCAAGGGGGAGAAGGGAGCGAUGGGGGAGCAGGGCUACUGUGGAGGCUCUGGGGAAAGGGGAGGAAAAGGACAGAAAGGCGAGGGGGGCGUGAAGGGAGAGAAGGGGAGCGCAGGAGAUCCUGGGGCGGAGGGCGGGCGCGGCCCCCACGGUCCGCCUGGGGCCAGAGGCGACCCGGGAGUGAAGGGAGAGAGGGGAGAGGCAGGUCCUCCCGGUCUCCCGGGACCUGCCGGGCCGAAGGGGGAGCUUGGGAGCAAGGGGGUCCGCGGCCCCAUCGGGAAGAAGGGCUCUCGGGGCUUCAAGGGCUCCAAAGGCGAGGCGGCCGGCGUCCCGAGGGCGGCGUUCAGCGCUGCCUUGUCCAAACCAUUCCCGCCUCCCUACACCCCCAUCCGGUUCGACAGGCUUCUCUACAACGACCAGGGGAGCUACAGUCCCGCCACCGGGAAAUUUAACUGCACGAUUCCUGGCGCGUAUGUCUUUUCCUACCAUGUUACAGUGAAGGGCCGACCUGCUCGGAUCAGCCUGGUGGCCCGGAAUAAGAGGCAGUUCAAGUCCAGGGAAACGCUCUAUGGUCAGGAAAUAGACCAGGCCUCUCUCCUCAUCAUCUUGAAAUUAAGUGCAGGUGACCAAGUCUGGCUCGAAGUGUCCAAAGACUGGAACGGCGUGUAUGCCAGCGCUGAGGACGACAGUGUUUUCACUGGGUUCCUUUUGUACCCGGAGGAAAUUCCGGGAGUUUCACCAUAA